UUAAUAUAUAGUGGGGUAUAAGUUUGAAGAAAAAGAAGAAAGUAAGGAGUUUUAUGGGAACCAUUAAUUAAUAUUCGGUAGAAUGUUAUUAAAAAGUAGAGAGAAUAUUAUUAAAAAAUAGAAAUAAGUUACGGAGUACUUAAAAAAAAGUUUCAUUUAUUUAAACACGGCGGGAGUAUUAAACAAUGUAAUAAUAUAGUACUCGUAAUAACAAACAAACAGCCUAGCUAUUUGAAAAUCAACAUUCUUCCCUUUUUGACCGAGUAAGGUAUCUAAGUAAACCAUGUUAAUUGUUGACCAAAUGAUGAUUAAAAUAAUAAUAUCCUGCUUUGAAUAGAUUGUAUUAUUGGAUAUACGUAGCUCUAUAUAAACCUCAACGCCCUAACCUUUUUCUUCCAAGACCUCCCUCCUUUAUAUUACUAGUUCUCUCUAUAAAUCACUAAGAAAAAAAAAAUUAUAUUAAUUAACCCUACAAAAUAACUUACAAACAACUUAGCAAUGGAUUCAUUAUUAGCACCGGACACGGCCACCGCCUUACAACUCAUCGAAAACCACCUAUUCGACGACCAACUCUCACCGCGAACCUCCACAACAACCAAGCUUAGCUCAAAGUCAUCCUCCUCCUCAUCAUCAUCGUCGUCAUCAUCAUUUAGCGACCAAUUUUUACAAAAUAACACAAAAGUUACAACCUUCAACAUUUCCUUUACUACUACCGAAAGUGGUUGUUUAGAUGAUACUCGCCUACAAUACAUUUACUCAUCGCUUGAUGAGGAAGGCAUUGAUUACGAUGAAACCUUUCGUGCAUUCUGCACCAAAUCACGUAAAGUUGGUCAUAAAGAUGACCGACGACAUAAAAAUAAUAGUGGGAAUUAUAUUGGGGUGAGAAGAAGGCCGUGGGGUAGAUUUGCCUCGGAAAUUCGAGAUCCUAGUCGUAAAGGGUAUAGGAUAUGGCUUGGUACGUAUAACACGGCUAUCGAAGCUGCCCGAGCUUACGAUCGGGCAGCUUUCGAUAUACGAGGCCAUAAAGCUAGACUCAAUUUUCCUCAUGAAGUUGAGUGUUGGUCUUCAUCUACUAAACGAACAAUUGAUCAAGUGCAACGCUUAGGUGAGAAAAGGCAAAGAAUUGAUAAUGGUGAAAGAGAAUUAGAAAAUAAUUAUUGUUCUUUUGAUGAUGAUGACCAAUUAUUCAUCAAAUUGCCUAAAUUAAUGUAACUAAUUUUGUCAUUUUCGUAUUUGAGGUAUAAGUUUGACCGUAAAUUACUAUUAUUGGUAAAAUUAUAAUUCUAGUGUUUUCAUAUUACGGAGUAUUAUUUUUUAUAAUCAUUAUAUUCUAGAAGAAAUUUACCGUCAAAUUUUAACCUAGAAAAAAAAAAUCUUCAUUAUGUAUAUUUUGACAUUUUGUCAUCCACACUAUUCAAUAAAUGAAUUUUUGUUUUACAUAUUAUGUUUACCGUUUUAUCAUUUAUUAUAUAUUUUUUUAGAAAGAAAUAUACACAAAUACAUUUAGGCUUGUCUUCUCUCAAAACUAAAACUUAUCAUUUUUUUUUUUUUUAGAACAAAGAGCGGGAAUUAUUAUUGCAAAUCAAGUUCCACCAAAGCUAAAAUACUUUGGGGAAACGAAUCCAUACAAACAAGUUCAUCAUUCCCUCUAGUGUCCCAUCUAACUAUUACUAAUUGUUCUUUCAAAAUUUUUUUUAAAAAAAAGAAAAAAAAAACUAUGAAGGAUUUACGGAUUACUUAUUUUUGUGAGCAAGUUCGGUCAUUUAAUUUAAGUUCAAAAAUGUAAAAAUUCAAUAUAUUUUAAUUUUGUAAUCCUAGUAAUGAUAAUGAUGUAUAUGCAAAUUUAAUCUCAUAUUGUCACAGUGAAUUACAUUUUUG